AUGAGAGACCCCACCAGUACAUCAUCCAACGGUCGAGACGCCACGUGGCCCAAUCUCACUCAGUUCCGUAUAUAUAUCCGUCUAAUAAUUAUUGUUCAAGACUCUUCUUUUACCAUUUCUACUCUCAAAGAGAACAAACGCUCUCCUCUGUUCUUAUCAAUGGCCACAGAUCAAGAGAAUCUACUCUCAGAUGAUUACGAAGAAACGGCGGCGUUUUGCGGUUGUGGGUAUUUCCGUAGUUUCAGUGUAAACCGGUGGCGGAGAGGAGGUGACGGUGGCUGGAGCGGUAGUUUGCAGGAAGAAAACUGGGGGAGCAGGAAACUGAAGGGGCUGAAGGAGGUUUCUGAGAAAAUUGCGGGACCAAAGUGGAAAAACUUUAUAAGAAGUUUUAGCAAUGGGAGGAAGAAGAUGAAGAGGGAUGUAGAUUUCACUUACGAUCUCAAAAACUACAGUCUUAAUUUUGAUGACGGCGGUGAAAAUCCUUCGCCGGAGAGGUUUGUGGCUCCGCUUGUGAUAAAAGUGUGA